AUGUCGAUUCUGGAGGACAUCAAGGCCACUAUUGUCCUUGUGACUCUGCAAUACUACUCCUUGUUCGAGGGGAUCGUCCCUUAUAUUAUCAAGAUCGAGCCCACCUUCAUCGAUUCACUACCAAGCUUCACCGUCAUCAGCCCUCUGCCCGUUCCCAGAGACAAGGAUAGGUAUCCUGUGAAUACUUCAGCAGACCAAGGAUCUCAGACGAUGGCCAUCCGGGACGUGUCCGUGGACGGGGUGGGCCGACUCGUGGGAACGCUGAUCUAUCAUCAUGCUGAUGUGCCUACCGGAUACGCAUCGACGAGACGGCAGUCAUCUCCCAGCUAUGGAGACCUCCUCGCACCAGGAAGGAGUUACCUCCUCAAGAGUCUGCCUACCAGCAGAGUCACGUCAGCUGUGGAACACGAUCAUGUCAUGUCGCUGCAAUACGGCAGGCAGCACGGCUGGUCAGCAGUAGCCGCGGAAGAGGAAAAGGAAGGCAUAAUUAAUCAUCUACCAUCUCUUUCGAAUUAA